ACAAAACAGCAUCAUAUAUAUCGAGCACUAAUCAAUUUCCAAUAGCAGUGCGUGUGCGUGUGUGUAUAUCAGUUGUUGCAGAGAAAUUUAGCAGAAGAAUAUAAUAAUGUCGUGGCAAACUUACGUCGAUGAGCACUUGAUGUGCGAUAUUGAAGGCAAUGCCGGCCUGAAACUGGCGGCGGCGGCCAUCCUGGGUCACGACGGCGCCGUGUGGGCUCAGAGCGCCACCUUCCCUCAGUUGAAGCCAGAUGAGAUCAAAGGGAUAUUGGCGGAUUUUGAGGAACCUGGGACUCUAGCCCCCACUGGUUUGUUCUUUGGGGGGGCCAAGUAUAUGGUUAUUCAAGGAGAGCCCGGCGCUGUCAUCCGUGGAAAGAAGGGAUCUGGAGGCAUAACUAUCAAGAAGACAGGGCAAGCAUUGAUUUUCGGGGUGUACGAGGAGCCCGUCACUCCGGGCCAAUGCAACAUGGUUGUCGAGAGGCUCGCCGAUUACCUGAUCGAUCAGGGCAUGUAGAUGCUCAUCGUCUUCAUAAAUCAUGUGCCUAGCUUCUUUCAUUUCUGAGGCACCAAUUACUCCAUUUCUAAGUAUUUUGAUGUUUCUAGUUUCUCAUAAAGGCCUGCAAUUUUCAGCUUUGGAGGCCACCAAACUUUUUCUUUCUUAGUUUGUUUCUUGGUUUGUUUCCCUCUUUUUUUGGGGGGAUUCAUUUCUCAUACAAGUUGGUUCUAGAGUUUCUCAACUGUUGCAGAAGUUGUUGCCUAAAUCUGGGCCAAAUUUAAUAUAAUUUUGUUCCA